UAAAUGAAGUAUCACAAAGUAUCACUAUUGAUCAAGUUACAGAUGAGCUAAAUAGAAUUUCGCAAUUGGAUGGUAUUCUUGAUAGCUAUUUUGAAAAUAAUAUUUUAAAUGAUUUGAAUAAUAAAUUAGAUUAUAAUGAGCCAGAAGAUUUAUUGGAAAUUAAUAUUACUGAAGCUGGAAGUUUUAUAAAGAAAACAGAAAUUAGCUAUAUAAUUAAUAAUCCAAAAUCAAAUAUUUCACAAGAAUCCGUAAAUGAUGAGUUUAAAGAAAAAAUAUUUAGAAAUAAUAGAAGUUAUGAUAUAUUUUUAAUGUUGGAAUUGCGAAAGUCCUGUGAAGCUUUUUCUCAUUCUGAUCAUCCUCGUAGAAUACGAACUCAUAUAACUGUUAAUUUAGAUUAA